GAGCCACUCCAUUCACACACACUGUAUCUUCUCUACUGCUGGACUUGAAGGAUGAGGGAUCCGCAGAUACCAGGACUCAAAUCCAGACUAGCGUGGCCGAAACGCAAGGACAAGGAGGAUAAGAAAGCCAAGCCAAGUGAGACGAGUGUAACGCCAUUGGAUAAAACACCCAAAGUCCUUUCAACCCGUCCUAUUAUACCAGAACUGACCCCAGAACAGAGGAUGAGGCAGACACCGUUUGAGAGGGUGCUUUAUGACAUGAACCAUGACCAGAGGGUAGUCAACGACCUCAUACUGGGCCGGAGGAUCUCCUUCUACGAGCUCAGGGGGGAAAUAGGGUGUGGGAACUUCUCCCACGUUAGAUUGGGUAUCCAUGCCCUGACUAAAGCAGGCAGUUAG